UUCAGCCUGGCACCUGUGGAUCCUCUCUCUCACUCCCUCCCUCUCUCCCUCUCUCUCUCUCUUUCUCUCUCACUCUCUCUCUCUCCUCUUACAACAUGAAUCUGCUCACCUUUUUGCCCUGCAUCCUGCUGGAAGUUCUCGCUGUCACCUGUCAGGAGACGAUGCAGGGCCGGAUAAUAGGUGGCUACGCCCCUGCACCCUACUCCAUCAAGUACAUGGUGUCCAUCCAGACCAUUGUGGGACAGCACUUCUGCGGCGGCACUUUGAUUAACAAGUACUGGGUGCUGACAGCAGCACACUGCAAUGUAGGUGCUGGGAACAUGAGGAUUGUCACUGGAGAUUAUUCUGUAAGUGUGUAUGAAGGGACAGAACAGUAUCGCACACCACAGCUCCUAGUACCUCACCCACAGUACAACAAAAUCACGAACAACGCAGACAUCAUGCUCAUUAAGAUGCAGACUCCAGUGAUUGUGAAUAACUUUGUGUCCCCUGCACCGCUGCCCCGUCAAGGGGACAACAUGGCAGAGGGUCGAGUGUGUCGUGUAUCUGGCUGGGGAUUCACUAGCCCCACAGGGGGUAUCCCUACAUCACUUCACACCGCCACAGUGCCCAUUGUCUCCAGCGCCCACUGCAACAGCACAGACUCCUACGAUGGCAACAUCACAGAAAACAUGAUCUGUGCUGGCUAUGCUGGUGGAGGAACAGAUGCUUGCAGUGGUGACUCUGGCGGGCCACUGGUGUGUGAAGGUCGUGUCUACGGGAUUGUGUCUUGGGGAAACGGUUGUGCAGAUCCUCAGUAUCCUGGAGUUUACACUGCUGUGUCGAAGUUCCGCAAGUGGAUAGACAACACUGUGUUUGGCUUUUAUGGCAGCUGUGGAAAGAACUAGACUGCACUACCUCAAUACCUCUUCAACCAUAAACUUGAAACCACAAAGAGAUCAACAUGCCAAAUUCCAUGUUGUUAGAGUACAUCUUCUUGUUGUGUUACUAUGUUAAUAAUGCUAAAUAUAACUUAUGAUGAUUUAUACCACCUUCUGAAUUCUCCAUUUGGAUUGGAAGGAGUCUCCAGUGUUGGCACAGUUGUUAUAACAGUCAGAGGUAAAGCUGUUGCUUUAAAAUUUUCAGAUAAUGAGAACACUUCAGGACAGAGGUCAUUGUGUUUUGCAGUUUCUUGGUAAGCUGCAUUUUUUUCUGUUAUUAACUUCAUGAGAGAAAAAGAGAAGCUGGUGAGUAUUGAAUGACUGUUUAUAACUGCUAUAAUAAGUGAUAACAUGAAUUAACUUGUUUCACAGAUGUUUCACAAAUGUAACUAUAAAGAGAUAAAAAAAAAAGUACAGCAUGUCAUUCUUUAAUUUAAAAAAAAUCAUUGGCAAGUCAUUGGUGUUAUACUGGUGGUAUAAGAGGAAUAAAACUCUUAGGGAUAUACUGAUCACGAAAACUUUGUGAGUAACUUCGGGAUGGUUGAUUAAAUUUCUUAUAAGAGCACACCCCCCAAUUAUUUUGUUCUUUACUUAAUAACUAGCUAUUUUGUUCCUUGCUUAAUAACUAGCUUAAGAUAGUAAAAAUAGUUUAUUUAUAGUAUAGUAUAUAAAAAUAAUAUUUUAAGAAAUAAUAAUGCCUCAGUUUUACUUGGCUAAUGUGACUGAGAGUGUGACUGAGCCGAGUGAACUGUUGUGUAUGUUCUUUAGUAGGUGCCAUAUUGUGUAGCACAAAUAUCAUAUUAGUAGAUCCAAAAAAUAUAGUGUGUUCCUACCAAAGAAAUACGAUUGGUUAUAAAUCUAAUAUAAAUUAUCAUUUUUCUCAGAAAUCCCAUUUUAUUAAAAUUUCUAAAAUGAGCUAAAUUUGCAAAAGGCUGCAGACACAACUGUGCCUUUGCAAGUCAUAAGCAAAAGACACUAUAGACACAACUAAAUACAGACACACGUCUAAGUGUUAUUUUGUUUGUUUAGUUUGUUUAUUUUGUGAGGACCUUCUUAUAGAAACCUUUCCCUGUUGUUUAAUAUCGCCAGACCAUGCAUUAAUAACAGCUGUCAUGAUUUAGACAGUUUAGCCAACAUACUUUUUUUUAUGUACGUUAUCCGUUUGGUUUUACAUUUGUGUUUGGGUUUUGAAAAUUGGUCUUAGAUUAUUGGCAAACUGACCAGUUUACUAGUUAUGCCAGUAAAGGCCUGGUUAAGAUUACAGAGUGUUAUCCGAUAACUAAACAGUACCUUAUUAAUGUCUCAGAGUAGUGUGAGGAUGUGUACAUCACAAAGCAAUUGAAUGUCUGUGUUCUGGAGUGUAAUAAAUUGUUAAUUGUAUAAACACUGUUUGGUAUUUUAUUUUUCAUUUAAAUUCAUUUCAUUUACAUAGAAAUAAAUGAAAGUAUGUACAAAGCAGUUCUGUACCAUAUACUUAGAUGUGAUAUAAAACACAAAUUCAUAGCAAAUCAAAGUUUGGGACUCACACUAAAACCGUCCUGCUGUGUUGUUGCUAUAAAACUACUUACUUGUGUGAUUUAAAGGUGUUUUUUUUUUUUUUUUUGGAGAAGGUCAAAAAACAUUAGUGUGAUUGUU